UACCUCAAAAUCACUAUUGCCACCACUGUAUUAAGCAUGCAAUAAUGGAGGCAGCGUUGUUCUUCAUUACUGUUGCUCUGCUGAGCUACUGUAGCACUGUUUCAAGUUUAGGGACUGGUGCUCCCACUUUUCUCAAUGUGUGCCAUGACCUCACACAGGUCCAUAGUCCAUUCGAUCCUACAGUAUGUGCAGCAAAUGACUGCCCUUUCUCUGUGGUUGUGGACUCCAUAGAUGGAAAUGAAAUGCAAGCUAGACAGCCCUCUACCUUCCGAUGUGGAUCUGUGUAUAGACUUUGUGUUGAAGCAAGUCCAGGCAACCAAUUUAGAGGGUUUGCGGUGCAGUCUCGUAUUUCUACUCCGGAGUUGGUUACGUCUGAUACCAACUCGGACUUUCAGUGUGGAGAGUUUAUUAACUUUCCCACUGACGCAAAUCGAGAUGUUCAGGAGUGGCCCUGUCCGGUUCAGGGAGUUACCCACACCAAUCGUGAUGAUAAAACAAGAGUGUGCUUUGACUGGGUUCCUCCAUCUACUGCAGAUCUAAAAAGUUGCACUUUCUGGUUCUCAAUCACACGAACUUUUACAAAUUUUCAUAGUCAACUAAAAGGACUUGAACUGCAACCAGAUCCAGCCUUCUGUGGGACGUCAACCCAGUGCACUCUGAGUUGUGAGGGAGCUUUUGUAGCAGAUUCCAAUAACCAAGAGCUUGAAGUGAACUGCACCUUAGUGGGCUGCACUACCACUGGCUAUACAUGUCAACUUGAUCAACAGAUAUCGGAAAGAUGUACUAUUCCCCAAACAAUUUCACUUGUUGGUUUGUCAAUUGGGAACCAUGAGUUUACUGUUAAUGCUCCUAUCAGUGAUUCCUCACAAAUUCCGCAAGCAACCAUCCGGUUUCCAAACAAUCCCACGCUUGUCUGUACUACAUCUACUGAGAACACUCAGUUGAGCAUUACGUGUGCUUCCAAUUUCAAUACAACUGAAGGCACCUGCACUUGUCUCCUGGAUAACAAUCCAUUUGAGCCAUGUAACCCUUAUGAUGGCAUUGAUAUUGAUAGGUCAACGGUUGGAGUUGGUCCACACACAUUUGAAAUCAGGUGUACACACAUCACUACUGGUAUUGAUGCACCAGUGAAUACAUUCACCAUCACAGGUGUCACUCCACUAUCACUGGAAUGUACCACUGAGUUCAAUCCUGAGACUCAGGAAAUAUGUGUGACCUGUACAUCAAGCAGAAAUCUCGCCAAUUUGGACUUUGAAUGUAGUCUCAAUGCACUAUCUGUCACUGACGGAUGUGGACAAUUCCCGUUCUGUGUGUCUAUUGUUGGACUCUCGGGACUGCAGACCAUCGUGAUCGGUGCGACCGAUUCAGCUGAUGGAGCAAGUGUCCGAUCCACAAUCACUGCUGACAUUGGAACUCCACCCACUCAACCGCCAACAUUGACUCCACUAUCACUGGAAUGUACCACUGAAUUCAAUCCUGAGACUCAGGAAAUAUGUGUGAACUGUACAUCAAGCAGAAAUCUCGCCAGUUUGGACUUUGAAUGUAGUCUCAAUGCACUAUCUGUCACUGACGGAUGUGGUCAAUUCCCGUUCUGUGUGUCUAUUGUUGGACUCUCGGGACUGCAGACCAUCGUGAUUGGUGCGACCGAUUCAGCUGAUGGAGCAAGUGUCCGAUCCACCAUCACUGCUGACAUUGGAACUCCACCCACUCAACCGCCAACAUUGACUCCACUAUCACUGGAAUGUACUACCGAGUUCAAUUCUGAGACUCAGGAAGUAUGUGUGACCUGUACAUCAAGCAGAAAUCUCGCCAGUUUGGACUUUGAAUGUAGUCUCAAUGCACUAUCUGUCACUGACGGAUGUGGACAAUUCCCAUUGUGUGUGUCUAUUGUUGGACUCUCGGGACUGCAGACCAUCGUGAUCGGUGCAACCGAUUCAGCUGAUGGAGCAAGUGUCCGAUCCACCAUCACUGCUGACAUUGGAACUCCAUCCACUCAACCGCCAACAUUGACUCCACUAUCACUGGAAUGUACCACUGAAUUCAAUCCUGAGACUCAGGAAAUAUGUGUGAACUGUACAUCAAGCAGAAAUCUCGCCAGUUUGGACUUUGAAUGUAGUCUCAAUGCACUAUCUGUCACUGACGGAUGUGGACAAUUCCCGUUCUGUGUUUCUAUUGUUGGACUCUCGGGACUGCAGACCAUCGUGAUUGGUGCAACCGAUUCAGCUGAUGGAGCAAGUGUCCGAUCCACCAUCACUGCUGACAUUGGAACUCCACCCACUCAACCGCCAACAUUGACUCCACUAUCACUGGAAUGUACCACUGAGUUCAAUCCUGAGACUCAGGAAAUAUGUGUGAACUGUACAUCAAGCAGAAAUCUCGCCAGUUUGGACUUUGAAUGUAGUCUCAAUGCACUAUCUGUCACUGACGGAUGUGGUCAAUUCCCGUUCUGUGUGUCUAUUGUUGGACUCUCGGGACUGCAGACCAUCGUGAUUGGUGCGACCGAUUCAGCUGAUGGAGCAAGUGUCCGAUCCACCAUCACUGCUGACAUUGGAACUCCACCCACUCAACCGCCAACAUUGACUCCACUAUCACUGGAAUGUACUACCGAGUUCAAUUCUGAGACUCAGGAAGUAUGUGUGACCUGUACAUCAAGCAGAAAUCUCGCCAGUUUGGACUUUGAAUGUAGUCUCAAUGCACUAUCUGUCACUGACGGAUGUGGACAAUUCCCGUUCUGUGUGUCUAUUGUUGGACUCUCGGGACUGCAGACCAUCGUGAUCGGUGCAACCGAUUCAGCUGAUGGAGCAAGUGUCCGAUCCACCAUCACUGCUGACAUUGGAACUCCACCCACUCAACCGCCAACAUUGACUCCACUAUCACUGGAAUGUACCACUGAGUUCAAUCCUGAGACUCAGGAAAUAUGUGUGAACUGUACAUCAAGCAGAAAUCUCGCCAGUUUGGACUUUGAAUGUAGUCUCAAUGCACUAUCUGUCACUGACGGAUGUGGACAAUUCCCAUUGUGUGUGUCUAUUGUUGGACUCUCGGGACUGCAGACCAUCGUGAUCGGUGCAACCGAUUCAGCUGAUGGAGCAAGUGUCCGAUCCACCAUCACUGCUGACAUUGGAACUCCACCCACUCAACCGCCAACAUUGACUCCACUAUCACUGGAAUGUACCACUGAAUUCAAUCCUGAGACUCAGGAAAUAUGUGUGAACUGUACAUCAAGCAGAAAUCUCGCCAGUUUGGACUUUGAAUGUAGUCUCAAUGCACUAUCUGUCACUGACGGAUGUGGUCAAUUCCCGUUCUGUGUGUCUAUUGUUGGACUCUCGGGACUGCAGACCAUCGUGAUUGGUGCGACCGAUUCAGCUGAUGGAGCAAGUGUCCGAUCCACCAUCACUGCUGACAUUGGAACUCCACCCACUCAACCGCCAACAUUGACUCCACUAUCACUGGAAUGUACCACUGAGUUCAAUCCUGAGACUCAGGAAAUAUGUGUGAACUGUACAUCAAGCAGAAAUCUCGCCAGUUUGGACUUUGAAUGUAGUCUCAAUGCACUAUCUGUCACUGACGGAUGUGGACAAUUCCCGUUGUGUGUGUCUAUUGUUGGACUCUCGGGACUGCAGACCAUCGUGAUCGGUGCAACCGAUUCAGCUGAUGGAGCAAGUGUCCGAUCCACCAUCACUGCUGACAUUGGAACUCCAUCCACUCAACCGCCAACAUUGACUCCACUAUCACUGGAAUGUACCACUGAAUUCAAUCCUGAGACUCAGGAAAUAUGUGUGAACUGUACAUCAAGCAGAAAUCUCGCCAGUUUGGACUUUGAAUGUAGUCUCAAUGCACUAUCUGUCACUGACGGAUGUGGACAAUUCCCGUUCUGUGUUUCUAUUGUUGGACUCUCGGGACUGCAGACCAUCGUGAUUGGUGCAACCGAUUCAGCUGAUGGAGCAAGUGUCCGAUCCACCAUCACUGCUGACAUUGGAACUCCACCCACUCAACCGCCAACAUUGACUCCACUAUCACUGGAAUGUACCACUGAGUUCAAUCCUGAGACUCAGGAAAUAUGUGUGAACUGUACAUCAAGCAGAAAUCUCGCCAGUUUGGACUUUGAAUGUAGUCUCAAUGCACUAUCUGUCACUGACGGAUGUGGUCAAUUCCCGUUCUGUGUGUCUAUUGUUGGACUCUCGGGACUGCAGACCAUCGUGAUUGGUGCGACCGAUUCAGCUGAUGGAGCAAGUGUCCGAUCCACCAUCACUGCUGACAUUGGAACUCCACCCACUCAACCGCCAACAUUGACUCCACUAUCACUGGAAUGUACUACCGAGUUCAAUUCUGAGACUCAGGAAGUAUGUGUGACCUGUACAUCAAGCAGAAAUCUCGCCAGUUUGGACUUUGAAUGUAGUCUCAAUGCACUAUCUGUCACUGACGGAUGUGGACAAUUCCCGUUCUGUGUGUCUAUUGUUGGACUCUCGGGACUGCAGACCAUCGUGAUCGGUGCAACCGAUUCAGCUGAUGGAGCAAGUGUCCGAUCCACCAUCACUGCUGACAUUGGAACUCCACCCACUCAACCGCCAACAUUGACUCCACUAUCACUGGAAUGUACCACUGAGUUCAAUCCUGAGACUCAGGAAAUAUGUGUGAACUGUACAUCAAGCAGAAAUCUCGCCAGUUUGGACUUUGAAUGUAGUCUCAAUGCACUAUCUGUCACUGACGGAUGUGGACAAUUCCCAUUGUGUGUGUCUAUUGUUGGACUCUCGGGACUGCAGACCAUCGUGAUCGGUGCAACCGAUUCAGCUGAUGGAGCAAGUGUCCGAUCCACCAUCACUGCUGACAUUGGAACUCCACCCACUCAACCGCCAACAUUGACUCCACUAUCACUGGAAUGUACCACUGAAUUCAAUCCUGAGACUCAGGAAAUAUGUGUGAACUGUACAUCAAGCAGAAAUCUCGCCAGUUUGGACUUUGAAUGUAGUCUCAAUGCACUAUCUGUCACUGACGGAUGUGGUCAAUUCCCGUUCUGUGUGUCUAUUGUUGGACUCUCGGGACUGCAGACCAUCGUGAUUGGUGCGACCGAUUCAGCUGAUGGAGCAAGUGUCCGAUCCACCAUCACUGCUGACAUUGGAACUCCACCCACUCAACCGCCAACAUUGACUCCACUAUCACUGGAAUGUACCACUGAGUUCAAUCCUGAGACUCAGGAAAUAUGUGUGAACUGUACAUCAAGCAGAAAUCUCGCCAGUUUGGACUUUGAAUGUAGUCUCAAUGCACUAUCUGUCACUGACGGAUGUGGACAAUUCCCGUUGUGUGUGUCUAUUGUUGGACUCUCGGGACUGCAGACCAUCGUGAUCGGUGCAACCGAUUCAGCUGAUGGAGCAAGUGUCCGAUCCACCAUCACUGCUGACAUUGGAACUCCACCCACUCAACCGCCAACAUUGACUCCACUAUCACUGGAAUGUACCACUGAAUUCAAUCCUGAGACUCAGGAAAUAUGUGUGAACUGUACAUCAAGCAGAAAUCUCGCCAGUUUGGACUUUGAAUGUAGUCUCAAUGCACUAUCUGUCACUGACGGAUGUGGUCAAUUCCCGUUCUGUGUGUCUAUUGUUGGACUCUCGGGACUGCAGACCAUCGUGAUUGGUGCGACCGAUUCAGCUGAUGGAGCAAGUGUCCGAUCCACCAUCACUGCUGACAUUGGAACUCCACCCACUCAACCGCCAACAUUGACUCCACUAUCACUGGAAUGUACUACCGAGUUCAAUUCUGAGACUCAGGAAGUAUGUGUGACCUGUACAUCAAGCAGAAAUCUCGCCAGUUUGGACUUUGAAUGUAGUCUCAAUGCACUAUCUGUCACUGACGGAUGUGGACAAUUCCCGUUGUGUGUGUCUAUUGUUGGACUCUCGGGACUGCAGACCAUCGUGAUCGGUGCAACCGAUUCAGCUGAUGGAGCAAGUGUCCGAUCCACCAUCACUGCUGACAUUGGAACUCCACCCACUCAACCGCCAACAUUGACUCCACUAUCACUGGAAUGUACCACUGAAUUCAAUCCUGAGACUCAGGAAAUAUGUGUGAACUGUACAUCAAGCAGAAAUCUCGCCAGUUUGGACUUUGAAUGUAGUCUCAAUGCACUAUCUGUCACUGACGGAUGUGGACAAUUCCCGUUGUGUGUGUCUAUUGUUGGACUCUCGGGACUGCAGACCAUCGUGAUUGGUGCAACCGAUUCAGCUGAUGGAGCAAGUGUCCGAUCCACCAUCACUGCUGACAUUGGAACUCCACCCACUCAACCGCCAACAUUGACUCCACUAUCACUGGAAUGUACCACUGAGUUCAAUCCUGAGACUCAGGAAAUAUGUGUGAACUGUACAUCAAGCAGAAAUCUCGCCAGUUUGGACUUUGAAUGUAGUCUCAAUGCACUAUCUGUCACUGACGGAUGUGGACAAUUCCCGUUCUGUGUGUCUAUUGUUGGACUCUCGGGACUGCAGACCAUCGUGAUUGGUGCGACCGAUUCAGCUGAUGGAGCAAGUGUCCGAUCCACAAUCACUGCUGACAUUGGAACUCCACCCACUCAACCGCCAACAUUGACUCCACUAUCACUGGAAUGUACCACUGAAUUCAAUCCUGAGACUCAGGAAAUAUGUGUGAACUGUACAUCAAGCAGAAAUCUCGCCAGUUUGGACUUUGAAUGUAGUCUCAAUGCACUAUCUGUCACUGACGGAUGUGGUCAAUUCCCGUUCUGUGUGUCUAUUGUUGGACUCUCGGGACUGCAGACCAUCGUGAUUGGUGCGACCGAUUCAGCUGAUGGAGCAAGUGUCCGAUCCACCAUCACUGCUGACAUUGGAACUCCACCCACUCAACCGCCAACAUUGACUCCACUAUCACUGGAAUGUACUACCGAGUUCAAUUCUGAGACUCAGGAAGUAUGUGUGACCUGUACAUCAAGCAGAAAUCUCGCCAGUUUGGACUUUGAAUGUAGUCUCAAUGCACUAUCUGUCACUGACGGAUGUGGACAAUUCCCGUUGUGUGUGUCUAUUGUUGGACUCUCGGGACUGCAGACCAUCGUGAUCGGUGCAACCGAUUCAGCUGAUGGAGCAAGUGUCCGAUCCACCAUCACUGCUGACAUUGGAACUCCACCCACUCAACCGCCAACAUUGACUCCACUAUCACUGGAAUGUACCACUGAAUUCAAUCCUGAGACUCAGGAAAUAUGUGUGAACUGUACAUCAAGCAGAAAUCUCGCCAGUUUGGACUUUGAAUGUAGUCUCAAUGCACUAUCUGUCACUGACGGAUGUGGACAAUUCCCGUUGUGUGUGUCUAUUGUUGGACUCUCGGGACUGCAGACCAUCGUGAUUGGUGCAACCGAUUCAGCUGAUGGAGCAAGUGUCCGAUCCACCAUCACUGCUGACAUUGGAACUCCACCCACUCAACCGCCAACAUUGACUCCACUAUCACUGGAAUGUACCACUGAGUUCAAUCCUGAGACUCAGGAAAUAUGUGUGAACUGUACAUCAAGCAGAAAUCUCGCCAGUUUGGACUUUGAAUGUAGUCUCAAUGCACUAUCUGUCACUGACGGAUGUGGACAAUUCCCGUUCUGUGUGUCUAUUGUUGGACUCUCGGGACUGCAGACCAUCGUGAUCGGUGCGACCGAUUCAGCUGAUGGAGCAAGUGUCCAAUCCACAAUCACUGCUGACAUUGGAACUCCACCCACUCAACCGCCAACAUUGACUCCACUAUCACUGGAAUGUACCACUGAAUUCAAUCCUGAGACUCAGGAAAUAUGUGUGAACUGUACAUCAAGCAGAAAUCUCGCCAGUUUGGACUUUGAAUGUAGUCUCAAUGCACUAUCUGUCACUGACGGAUGUGGUCAAUUCCCGUUCUGUGUGUCUAUUGUUGGACUCUCGGGACUGCAGACCAUCGUGAUUGGUGCGACCGAUUCAGCUGAUGGAGCAAGUGUCCGAUCCACCAUCACUGCUGACAUUGGAACUCCACCCACUCAACCGCCAACAUUGACUCCACUAUCACUGGAAUGUACUACCGAGUUCAAUUCUGAGACUCAGGAAGUAUGUGUGACCUGUACAUCAAGCAGAAAUCUCGCCAGUUUGGACUUUGAAUGUAGUCUCAAUGCACUAUCUGUCACUGACGGAUGUGGACAAUUCCCAUUGUGUGUGUCUAUUGUUGGACUCUCGGGACUGCAGACCAUCGUGAUCGGUGCAACCGAUUCAGCUGAUGGAGCAAGUGUCCGAUCCACCAUCACUGCUGACAUUGGAACUCCACCCACUCAACCGCCAACAUUGACUCCACUAUCACUGGAAUGUACCACUGAAUUCAAUCCUGAGACUCAGGAAAUAUGUGUGAACUGUACAUCAAGCAGAAAUCUCGCCAGUUUGGACUUUGAAUGUAGUCUCAAUGCACUAUCUGUCACUGACGGAUGUGGACAAUUCCCGUUCUGUGUGUCUAUUGUUGGACUCUCGGGACUGCAGACCAUCGUGAUUGGUGCAACCGAUUCAGCUGAUGGAGCAAGUGUCCGAUCCACCGUCACUGCUGACAUUGGAACUCCACCCACUCAACCGCCAACAUUGACUCCACUAUCACUGGAAUGUACCACUGAGUUCAAUCCUGAGACCCAGGAAAUAUGUGUGAACUGUACAUCAAGCAGAAAUCUCGCCAGUUUGGACUUUGAAUGUAGUCUCAAUGCACUAUCUGUCACUGACGGAUGUGGUCAAUUCCCGUUCUGUGUGUCUAUUGUUGGACUCUCGGGACUGCAGACCAUCGUGAUUGGUACGACCGAUUCAGCUGAUGGAGCAAGUGUCCGAUCCACCAUCACUGCUGACAUUGGAACACCAGCCACUUCUCCACCUCCUACUACUCCACCACCAGAGCCAUUAACUCCACCCCCAACUACAACUACGCCACCUCCAGCUCUCAUUGUCAAUUUCAAUGUGGCUGGAACACCUACUGAUAGAGUAUUAGAAACUCGAGAGUCAGAGCAGCCCUCUAAUUAUCUGGAGGUGUCUGUGAAUGGAACCAGCUUUGGGCCACUGCCAUUCAUCAUUCGGUACCUCACUUAUGAAGAGUUUCAGGAGGCCACAGACAGAGAUCUGAACAGAAUCUUCCCAAGUAGACCAGCCCCGGCAUCGUCUGAUAGUGACUUUACUACUGCUGAAGAAACUGGAACUAUUCCUGCUGUUUUCCGACCUGACAUUGCUAAUGAUACUGAGGUUGAACUCACAGAAGGAUUUGUGGCGUAUCUUGAAAUAGAUGACUUAGUUGACCCAAGAGAUCUGGAAAGGAUUCAAUUCCUCAAUGAUAUUGUCCUCGUAACCAUUGAAGAUGAUGAUGCUAUUGAAUGCUCGAGUAGUGUGACUGAUGAUGUGGCCACUGUGUCUUGUGGUGACAUUGAUGGACAACCAGACACAGGAGACAUAUUCUGCUCUAUUGACUCUGGAGAUAUUGAGAGUUGUAACUUCCCAUAUAGCAUCCCUGUUUCGCAGCUGUCGACUGGUGGCCAUCAAGUGAGGAUCUUCAGGCAAGAAGCAGGACAACAAACUUUCAUCGGUGGAGCAACGGUUGCAGUUGAGCCUCUGGAUGUGUACUUCGUUGGAAACACGCCCGAACUGACUGUGAAUACACUCGUAGCCCGAUUCCGUGCCAACAGACCAAACAUCACAUUCAUAUGUCAUUUGACUCACCUUGAUACCACCAGAGAAGAUUGCUCCUCUGGGAUAUUUGAGAGGUCAGGUAUUCCUCAUGGUGACUACACCCUCCGUGUGAUUGCCAGAGACCCUGCAAGACCUAGUGAACGUCGCACAGUCAUCAGGAACAGGAUAUGGGUUCAUGGUGAUGACGUGUUCUGUGUAACUGGUACUCAGAAUCGUGCCCUGACUGUCAAUGGUAACAAUGCCACAGUUGAGUUCUACAGCACUGGAGUGGUCACUGGAUUUACGUGUGUUGUGGACCGUUCAGAAAUCAUUGAAAACUGUGUGAGUCCCUACACUGUCGAGGGCCUAACUCAAGGACGCCAUCACUUCAAGGUGAUACCCUUGGGUUGUGGUCGUGAGUACAGACCCAACACUAUGCAGUUCAAUAUUUUCUAGAUUCAUUCUAACAUUGCAUGGUAACAAACUUGAACUAUUAUUAUUAGAGACAUUAGGAGCAGAUCCAUAAUUUUUUUAUAGGAGGCAGAAUGUACAAUUUUGUUGAUUGACGAGCA